UUAAACCCCCAGUCCUGGAUUCAUUUAUUUAUUCUCUCUAUUCAACUAGUCCAUGUGCGAUCACUAAUACAUGUGUUUAUGUGAUCUACCGACAGCAUUGAAGAGUUGAAACAAGAAAAAAAAGAGAACAGUUUAGUAUGAAUUGUCCAUACUCCACAGCUGUGCAGUAUUGCCCUGAGCUCCCCUUUCAUCGGCAUAGAGACCCUUCCUCCCGUCUGUCCUGGACAGAGAGUUCCUGCCUGGCCUCCAUUAUGUCACAGAACCAAUCAGGACAGAGCUCUGACAUCCUCAGUCAGGAUGUGUUCAACCAGCUCCUGGAGAUGCUAGACCAGUCAGCGUUCCACUCAUUGCAGCCCAUAGAGUUGAACAUCUCAGACAGUCCAGCAGACGAAGAUGGACCAGCAGGGAACACCAUUCAGAUCAGCAUGGACUGCAUCACCAUGCAUGAGGGACAGGAACCACUUUCGUCCCAGUAUACCAACCUGGGGCUGCUGAACAGCAUGGAUCAGAACAUCCAAAAUGGCGGCUCUACCUCCACCAGUCCCUACAACAACGACCAUGUCCAGAACAACGUGUCAGCUCCUUCACCCUACGCCCAGCCCAGCUCCACCUUCGACGCCAUGUCCCCCUCCCCGGCUAUCCCCUCCAACACAGACUACGCCGGGACACACACCUUCGACGUCUCCUUCCAGCAGUCCUCCACAGCCAAGUCUGCCACCUGGACGUACUCUACAGAACUGAAGAAGCUGUACUGUCAGAUCGCCAAGACGUGUCCCAUCCAGAUCAAGGUGCUGACCAACCCCCCGCAGGGCGCCGUCAUCAGAGCCAUGCCCGUUUACAAGAAGGCAGAGCACGUCACCGAGGUGGUCAAACGAUGCCCCAACCACGAGCUCAGCCGCGAGUUCAACGACGGUCAGAUAGCCCCUCCCAGUCACCUGAUCCGAGUGGAGGGUAACAACCACUCCCAGUAUCUGGAGGACUCCAUCACGGGCCGUCAGAGUGUCUUGGUCCCAUACGAGCCACCUCAGGUGGGCACAGAGUUCACCACCAUCCUAUAUAACUUCAUGUGCAACUCCAGCUGUGUGGGAGGAAUGAACCGACGCCCCAUACUCAUCAUCGUCACCCUGGAAACCAGAGAAGGUCAGGUGCUGGGUCGGCGCUGCUUCGAGGCCAGGAUCUGCGCGUGUCCUGGACGGGAUCGCAAGGCGGACGAGGACAGCAUCCGCAAGCAGCACGUUACUGACGGAACAAAGAGCAGUGAGGCCUUCCGCCAGGCCCCCCAUGGAAUCCAGAUGUCCUCCGUCAAGAAGAGAAGAUCCACCGAUGAGGAAGUAUUUUGUCUGCCUAUUAAAGGCCGUGAAAUCUAUGAGAUUUUGGUAAAAAUCAAAGAGUCUCUGGAACUCAUGCAGUUUCUGCCUCAGCACACUGUAGAGUCAUACAGGCAACAGCAGCAGAACCUCCUGCAGAAACAGAGCGCCAUGGCCCCCCAGCCCCAGUAUGGCUCCAGCUCCCCUCCUCACCCCCACGGCAAGGUCAACAAGCUCCCCUCCGUCAGCCAGCUAAUCAACCCCCAGCAGCGCAAUAUACUCACGCCUUCCUCCAUGCCCCAAGGCCUGACUGACAUGACUCCGAUGAUGGGCCACAUGGCUAUGAAUGCUGACAUGUCGACCCUGAGCCCCGCCCACAUCCUGCAGCCCCAGUUACCCAUGGUGCCCAGCUCCCACUGCACCCCCCCGCCUCCCUACCCCAUGGACAGCAGCAUCUCCAGCUUUCUUCUGCGGCUGGGCUGCGCAGCCUGCCUGGACUACUUCACGGCGCAGGGCCUGACCAACAUCUACCAGAUCGAGAACUAUAACUUGGAGGACCUGUCCCGGCUGAAGAUCCCGCAGGAGUUCCAGCACGUCAUCUGGAAGGGCAUCAUGGAGCACCGGCAGAGCAUGGAGUUCUCCCCUCCUCCUCACAUCCUGCGUAGCUCCAGCGGGGCCUCCGCCGUCAGCGUAGGGUCCUCAGAGGCCCGCGGCGAGCGGGUCAUCGACGCCGUGCGCUUCACCCUGCGCCAGACCAUCUCCUUCCCUCCGCGUGACGACUGGUCCGACUUCUCCUUCGACCUGGACUCCCGACGCAACAAGCAACAGCGCAUCAAAGAGGAGGGUGAAUAGAGACACACUGUCGGGGGGGAAUAAAUAAAAAGCGCACUGCAACAAUAAGUCUGUAAAAGGCCAUUUCCCUGACAUUCACAGAGAUCUUUUUUUUUUUUUUACAAACGCUGUAGAUGUCAGCUCAAGCAUAUAUUAGCUUUUAAAAAGUAGAGUGCAGUACUCUUCACAGCAGUGCACCUUGGAUUGAAGCCCCUGGCUCGGUCCCCCUUCAUAUGUCAUACACCUGUUGACCAACCCACUCUCCUAUCACAGGACUAGGACAUCUCUGCUUCAACGUUCUAAAGCUCAGAUAAUCCUAAAUAGCAAAAAUACUAUAUGCAAAUAAAAAUGCACUUAAUUUUUUUUUUUUUUUAAGCCUUCAUUAGCUGCCAGCUAGAUGAGAGAAAACAGCUAUAUUUUUUAUCAAAUUUCUUGAGACAAAGCACUUAAGAAAUGCUUUUGUGAUUUGCUUUGAUAUUGUUUUAUUAGUGUUCAUUAUCCAUUCCAAUGUUAAAAGCAUGACUUUGAGAGGAAACUUUUAGGGGUUGUUGUUGUUCUUGGCUGAGAUUGAAUCCAAGGCGCGUUAUAGAGCAGGACACUAGACAGCCAAGAUUUUUCCUGACGUUAAGACAUGUACUUACGUCAGUUUUUCUGUCUUGCUGUUGACUCACUUGUUAAACCUAGAAGAACCUCACAUUAAAACAGGCGAGUGGCGGCAUCUAGUGGCCACACUGAUACUGCACCAAAUCACUGCUAAAUACAAUGUAAAAAUGGAGUCCUAUAUUAACGUCUGCUCAAACGCAAAUUACGGUCAUCACUAGUUACCAUAGCCAACAAAUCAUAAUUAUGGUGAACCCUUUGCCUAUUUCUAGCGUCUAUCUUCUUAAAAUCUGAUUUUAAACCUAAACCCACUGCCGACAUUAUGCCUAAUCUUAAGACUUCAUGAAUUUUACGAUAUAGCCAUUUUGACUUUGUGGCUGUGGUAACCAGUGACAACCUUAAAGAACCUAUAAAAGUCCAAGUGUACUAUGCCGCUCUAUUUUACAACCCGUUGGGUUGAAUCCCAGUCUCUGCUGCUCAAUAUUGGAUUGUUAUGGUUACCUGUUAUUUUUUAGUUCACAACACUGUUUUGACCUGAUUGUAUACACUUCCAAGAUACAUAUUUUUUUGACUUCCUGUCAGGGAGAAGUGUUAAUAACAUGCCGGAACUGGUUUUCUACUGUGCCUGUGUUAAACCCUCGUCGCUCCGAGAUGCCCAGGAAACCUAGUGUUAGCCGUCGUGUUUAUAAGUACCUAAAUGUAUUUCUACGUGGACGACAAUAAUGCAUUAUCACAAACCGUUGGUACCUGAAGUAUUUACGUUUAUCAUUACCGAGUAACUGAAACUAACAAGAAACUCAAUAUGCUCAUAGCCCUUGAUGUUGUCAUGGUUACCAAUAAACGUGACCCGAUUGUGAUGGUGUACACCUUUCCCAUAUGGUCGUGUCCCAAAUGGCACCCUACGCACUACUCGACCAGGGGGCCCUGGUCAGGGGUAGUGCACUAUAUAUAGGGAAUAGGGUGCCAGCCCUGAUCAGAGGUAGUGCACUAUAUAGGGAAUAGGAUGCCAGCCCUGGUCAGAGGUAGUGCACUAUAUAGGGAAUAGGGUGCCAGCCCUGGUCAGAGGUAGUGCACUAUAUAGGGAAUAGGGUGCUAGCCCUGAUCAGAGGUAGUGCACUAUAUAGGGAAUAGGAUGCCAGCCCUGGUCAGAGGUAGUGCACUAUAUAGGGAAUAGGGUGCCAGCCCUGGUCAGAGGUAGUGCACUAUAUAGGGAAUAGGGCGACAUUUGGAACACAUUCUUUGCCUGCUUGCUCUGCCACCUAUGUAUAACCUGGUGUACAGUCUAUGGAUUGUGUGUGUGUGUGUGUGUGUGGGGGGGGGUCUGGUGAGAACAUUUCUGGUCUAUAUUUCUCUAUUGUAAAUGAUGCUAGUUGUAAUAUUGAUGGAUUGUUGUUUUUUGGAACCACAUUGUCUAAACCUUUUUUUAUUUGUUGAACUUGAUGGCCAAACCUAUUGAGAUUAUUGUAUAUACACACACACACUUAUAUAGAGUUAUUUUCUAAACGCUACAUGAUAAGUAUUUUCCCAAAAAAGGUAAAUAUUUGACACAAAAAAAAAAGAAAAAAGGGAAUUUAAGAAUAGUUUGUGGUUAAAAGCCAGAACAGAACAGGAGUUUAUUUUGUAUUCAUUAAAAUGAAUAAAUCUGGUCCUCUCACAAGUCAUUGUUGUCGUUGUGCUAAUACACACGGUCAGAGAUAAAACACCGUUCUAUAAAACUGGACAUUAUCGAUAUGUUAGAGAAACAUGACCCUGGUAUGUUGUCGUUGUUGUCGGGAACAUCGAAAGCAGAAAACCAGUACCGUCUAAUCUACUGUUCCUUAUUUUUCUACAAUGUAUUGUAAAUAUAUUGCAAUGUACUUAUUUUGAUAUAAACCAAAAAAUAAAAUACCGCCUAGUUACCAAA